AUGCCGCGGAAGAGGGCAACUGCCAAGCCACUAUCCCAGCGGAGCCACCACGGCUGUCAGCGAUGCCGCCUGCAUAAGAUCCGCUGCGAUGAGGUCAAGCCAAGCUGUGGGUCCUGUACCUCUCGCGGCUAUGUCGACUGUGCCUUUCUGGUCGUGCUCAAGUGGGAGGCCGACUACAGACACGUAGGCCGCGCCUUCGGGAGGACCGGAGUGUGGUCUAAGGCUGGGAGGACCAUGGCCCAGCAGUCGCCGGUUAUCUGUCGGUCUGGCUUAAGCCGAGUCCCUUAUAUUCACCAAUCUGGCUUUUUGAACCUGGCUCUAAGUGACUUUGAAGACGGGAAGAAGGUAGGCGAUGAGGAACACCUGUUCUCACUCACCGCUUCAUCAACUCGAGGCUCGCUCAGCCCUGGCAAGGCAGCUCCUCAGAAUAUCACCAUACGGCCAGGUCCCAUACCCCGGAAUCCACAUGAUCCUCUCUUGGAGAACUUACACCUGGCGGAUCCGCCUCUUGUGUCUUACUAUCUACACCGGGUGUGCGCUCUUAGUGUUCCGUCCGCCGACUACACUACCGGAUCACCCUUUUCGGCCUUGCUGCUCCCCUUUGCCCUCUCAUCCUCUUCUCCAGCUCUGCUGCAUGCUUUGUUGGGUCUUGCUGCCUCCCAUCGGGCCCGCUUCGACAGCUCAUUCACUCCAACCGCCCUCAGCUUCUCAAGUUUGGCAUUGCGCUCAUUACGAACAUUACUGGCUUCCAAGACAUCCCUCGAAAUCGCGGUGGACCCGGAGACCCUGGUCCUGAUGAUGCUUCUCUGUCAGACUGAACUCAUCAAAGACGGUGACAGCCAUUGGGUCAUCCAUCUUCGUGGCGCCCGGAACCUCAUGUCCUUUCGAAGGCGGCAGCAGCAGCUUUCCUUGGCCGAAUCAACACGUCAACAAGAGCAUCCGUGGGAACCCGUAGUCACAUUCGCCGAGCGGUUCUUUGCCUUUUGCGAUGUCAUGGGAAGGACAGCCUGCGGAGAGGAGCCGAUCUUUGGAAACGACUUUUGGAGUAUCCAGGAAAGUAAGGUGGAUCUUUGGAUGGGAUGCUCGCCACAUCUCGUCAGUAUCAUCAGCACCAUUGCCGAGCUGAGCUGGAAGUACCACGGCCGAAGUCCAUCACACGACGAGCAAGAGGAGCUUGAACGCCAACGCAACCAGCUGCAAGACCUCCUCCAGCAACCAGAUCUAGGCCUGAUUGCCGCUGAAGCAGGCGACGACGGCAUUCUUCAGCGCUGCGUUGAGUUGAAGCGACUCACUGUGGACUUGUACCUACACGCAGCCUUGGCGAACACAACACCGGUUACAUCGACCAUUCGACAAAGAGUACAGAAGAUUCUACGCCUCGUCUACGACUUGCUGCACCUGGGCGUAAAGUCUGGACUGGCCUGGCCACUAUUCAUGGCGGCUUGUCAGCUUGACCCGGAGGAAGAGCUAGAAUGGACAACAGGUGAGGGCGAGCGGAAGGACGACGUUCCUACCUACGCUCGCCCAUUUAUCCUUUAUGCUCUAGAAAAGCUUUCGGAAUCUCUUUUCAACGUCGACCGGACGAGGGCAGUAAUCGAGAAAGUCUGGAUGAAGAGAGAGUCCUCACGUUUGUUGAGAGGCCAAAACCGCCCGCUGGUGUCGGGUGCCUUUAACGACUGGGCUCGUUUUGUGGCGCCGCUCUGUCAUAAUAUUAGUCUGGCCUGA